AUGUCCGCUCUUCAUCUCAUCCCCAUUUUCUUCUUCUCUCUGUUUGGAAUUGCAUCUUACCUUCAACUUAUUAAAUCCAUUUCAUGUACCAAGAGCCCAAAUUUAAGAUGCUUAGAGGUGGAGAGGAAAGCACUUCUUCGCUUUAAAGACAAUCUUAGAGAUCCAUCGGGUCGGCUUUCUUCUUGGGUGUUGGCUGAUGAGCGUUCGGUUGAGAGUAUUUGGGCUCAAUAUGGGAAGGUUGAAGUUUUUUUGUUAGAGAAUGGAUUAUAUUUGUUUAAAUUUGCUGAUGAGAAGACACGAGAUGAGGUGAUGGAGGCAAGAGUCUGGCAUAUGGCUAAUAAACCUUUGAUCUUGCGCAAAUGGACCCCUGGUAUGCAACUUUUAAAGAUUUCUCUAUCUUCUGUUCCUGUUUGGAUUAAAUUGCAUAAUUUGCCUAUUGAGUUUUGGAAUGCUACAUGUUUGAGUUAUGUGGCUAGUGGUGUUGGUAAGCCUAUAUGUGCUGAUUCUUUUACUGAGGAACAGUUGAGGCUUGGUUUUGCUAGAGUUUUGGUUGAAGUAGAUAUGAAUUCUGUUUUUCCUAAAGAGAUUGAAAUUGUUGGUGUUGAUGGGGUUGAGAAACAGGUUUGGCUUCCAAAAAAUACUGAGCCUGUUCAAAACUUGAAUGCUGGUCUUGUGGUGGAAAAGGUUGCUGAGUUGAAGAAUGGCGGUCCUAAUUUAGGGGCUGAACCUAAAUGGAAUGUGGUUAGAGCUAAAAAAACUCCUGUUUCCAAGCCUAGUGUGAAGGAUAACCAAAGUAAUUGGACUAAUUCAUUCCAUCUUCUGGCUAGAGCUGAUGGUAAUUUUAAAUCAGGGGUGAGAGGUUCAGAUACUUUUUCUUCUCUUCAAAAUGUUAUUGAGUCUGCUAUGGUUGAGGAGAGUGCAAAAAUAAAAGGGAAGGGUAAAAUGGGUGAAGAGGAGGAGGUCUUGAUGAGAGGUUUUUCUCCCACUUUAUGA